GAAAACAUAGAUGAUUUUUAUAAACCUCCAUAUUCACCAGCGGCUUCAACGUUACCACCAGUACCACCGUCAAAUGCACCAUUAAAUCCAUUACCGGCAAAUUUAACGCAAUAUUACAAACAAUGCUACGUUGAAACUGCUAAAGUGUUACUAGCUCGAGGUGCAAGUGUGUACAUUUCAGACAAGCAUGAUACAGACAGAUUUGACUUGGCAAAUAUGAUCGAAAAUAACUUCUCAAUAUUGUCAUAUUACGGGAACAAUAAUAUAGACGAUGGGAAAAAUCAUGUAAAGACAGCACCACAUUUAAAAAAUGACAUGGCUCCGAGAGAGAGUAAAACUCCUUUGGUAUUAUUUUCAUUGGCAGUCAUGGCAUGUUUUUGUAAUCCUUGCCUUCUCACCAUUGGUAAGAUGAAAGAUCCCAAUGUGCGUCAAGCUUGGCGUGAAAAAAUGGCUUUGGUGGUUAUUAUAUUAUUAAUUUCAUCAUUCAUGAGAUUUUGGCAUUCGGUUUGGCAACCAUCACUUGUGGAACAAGGAGACAAAAGAAACUAUUUUGAUCCUUCAAAUGAGGAUAAGUUGCUUGGAGAUGAUAGCGUUACAGAAUGGCUUCGAGGUCUCCUCGGUAAAGAUGAACAAGAGAGAUUCUUCACACAAGGAGAUAUCAAACGUUUACCUAAUUUUAAUUCAGGAGACGUUGAAGGAACAACCAUCGGAUGUUUCGCGAAUAGUAUAAUGACAGUCGAAGGUGAACAUACAAUGCACACAACACUUGAUUCAUUGACCAGUACGGAUUAUUCUGACAAGCACAAAUUAUUAAUGGUAAUCGCUGGUGGUGACAUAACCGGAUCAGAUAACGAUAAAACAACGGAGAUAUGCGAGGAUUUAAUUGAAACAUUCAAUUUAUCUAGUUUCGAGUCUCCGACACCACAGUCAUAUUUAGCCGUAGGAGAAGAUGGCACACCAGAAGAAUGA